UUUAGCGUGCUACACAGGAAGUAAAGUCAAGCCAGUCAGACAAGCAGGUUGUAAUUCGCGAGUUUAUUUAGUGUUGUGGUCAGUAAACAGUUUAUAUCAAUUCGAAUUGUAGUAUAUUGUUUAUUCAACAUGCUGAUCAAAGUUAAGACUCUCACUGGAAAAGAAAUAGAGAUCGACAUUGAGCCCACAGACAAGGUGGAGCGAAUUAAAGAAAGGGUAGAGGAGAAGGAAGGGAUCCCCCCGCAGCAGCAAAGACUCAUCUACAGUGGAAAACAGAUGAAUGAUGAGAAGACGGCAGCAGACUACAAGAUCCAGGGAGGCUCGGUGCUCCAUCUUGUGUUGGCGCUAAGAGGAGGAUCCACAGCGCACAGUCUCCUCUGCAUACACCUCUCCUCCUUGUCAUGAGUCGCUGUUGUCAUGGGGCCAGCUGAGUGCCAACGCUUUAGGUGUCUGUCACCGUCUUAACCAUGUUACAGCACGGAGAUUUGAAAUCCCCACACUCCCGGGCUAACACAAACAACUACAACAACAAAAAUCAACCAAUAACAACAACAAAAAAACGGAUGUUCUUAUUCCUCUGUAGAUGUUUUUUUUUUUUUUUGUAAACCCACAUUGGCUUUCUGAGUUUGACCAGUUGAUGCAGGCACCCAUACAGUACAAGAGACAGUUCGAGAACGCUGUGGUCUUUUUGCUUGUGAAUAAAUGCUGAAGAUAAUUUAAGUGUCGUCCUCGAGUACACACACAAACACAUAUUGAGCACACACACCGC